GAGGUGGAGUCAAUUUACAGUAGACUAUGCACUCCAAAUGUACUCUCUCCUCUUGACUACCGUAUCGAUUUAAAAUCAGUAAUUAUCAACUGGUUUAGGGGACUGUUGUAUAUCAACCACUUGGUGAAAAGUUGUACAAAACGGCAGUAAAGCAGCUGAAUUUGCUUUCGUCAAGGAGGCGUGUGAGGUGACUGGGGGAUUUAGUGAGUAGUCGCAGAAACCCGUAAACACUGGACGUUAAUGCGCAAAUGAAAGGAAAAUGAGUGAGAAUAAAGAAACCGAUUGCUUGUGUUUCUAUGUCAACGGUAAAAAGGUGACCGAAAACAAUGCAGACCCAGAGACUAUGUUACUGUCUUACCUCCGUGAGAGGUUGAGGUUGACUGGAACCAAGUACGGAUGUGGAGGAGGAGGAUGUGGAGCCUGUACUGUCAUGGUGUCUCGCUACCAGCCCGGCACCAAGACCAUCCUCCAUUACUCUGCCAAUGCCUGCCUGCUGCCAGUCUGCCAGCUUCAGGGGGCAGCCGUCACCACUGUGGAGGGCAUUGGCAACACAAGGACCAGGGUGCACCCAGUACAGGAGCGUAUAGCCAAGGCCCACGGGUCUCAGUGUGGGUUCUGUACUCCAGGCAUGGUGAUGUCCAUGUACACUUUACUGAGGAACAAACCACAGCCCAACAUGGAGGACAUCACAGUGGCACUUGGUGGCAAUUUGUGCCGGUGCACAGGAUAUCGUCCCAUUGUUGAUGGCUGCAAGACUUUUAGUCCGGAAUCAAACUGUUGUCAAGCCAAUGGUAAUGGUGCUGGAUGUUGUCUGAAUGGAGAUUCGCCUCCGGAGAGAUCAGAGAAUGAGCCUCCACCACAGCUGUUUGACCAGGAGGACCUCCUCCCUCUGGACCCCACCCAAGAUCUCAUCUUCCCCCCAGAACUCAUACUGAUGGCAGAGAUUGAGCCCCAGGUUAGUCAGCUGUUCCGUGGCGAAAGGAUGGUGUGGGUCUCCCCUGUGUCUCUGGAGGAACUGAUCCAGCUGAAGACCAGUCACCCUCAGGCACCGCUGGUCAUGGGCAACACCAACAUCGGCCCAGACAUCAAGUUCAAAGGUGCCUGGCAUCCCAUAAUAAUAUCACCCACCAGAGUCCAGGAGCUGUUCGAGGUUACCAAGACUCCGCAAGGUGUGUGUUUCGGGGCUGGCUGCAGUCUGUCUGUGGUUAAGGCCCUGUUGGAGGGGCUGGUCCAGGAGAUUCCGGAGGAGAAGACAGAGAUAUACAGAUCCCUCCUACAGCAGCUGGGGAACCUGGGAGGACAGCAGAUACGCAACGUUGCUUCCAUAGGAGGCAAUAUUGUCAGUGCAUAUCCCAAUUCAGACCUGAACCCUGUGUUCGCUGCUGGGAACUGCACACUUAAUGUGGUGUCAAAGAGGGGAAGAAGAGAAAUCCUGCUGAAUAAAGAUUUCUUUGUGGGGUUUGGAAAAACAUCUCUAAAACCGGAUGAGAUUGUCCUGUCUGUGUUCAUACCAGUAUCUAGACAGGGAGAGUUCAUGCGAGCGUUCCGCCAGGCCCCUCGUAAGGAGAACGCCCUGGCCACAGUGACCACUGGGAUGAGGGUCAUGUUCACAGAGGGUUCCAGCGUGGUCAAGGAGCUGAGUAUCUACUACGGCGGUGUAGGGCCGUGCACUGUCAGCGCCACCAAAACAUGUGCUGCAGUCAUCGGAAGGAAGUGGGAUGAGCAGACACUGAGUGAAGCCUACACCCAGCUCUUAGAUGAGAUAUCCCUGUCUCCCUCCCACCCCGGUGGGCAGGUGGAGUUCCGCAGGUCCCUAACACUCAGCCUCCUCUUCAAGUUCAAUCUGCAGAUGCUGCACAAGCUCUGGGAAAUGAAUGUGAUCCAGGAGGACCUAUCAGAAGGGGUCAGCAGUGCAAUACGUCCACUACCUAAACAGCUACAGCCCAGCCUACAAGAGUUCCAGGCUGUGGUGAAAGGCCAAAGUGGUGACGACCCAGUAGGUCGGCCUAUCAUGCACCGUUCAGCCAUCAGCCAGGCUACUGGAGAAGCUGUUUACUGUGAUGACAUCCCCAAGAUGGACGGAGAGCUCCACCUCGUCCUGGUCACCAGCACCAGACCACAUGCUAAGAUCCUAGACAUAGAUAUCAGCGAAGCUCUCCGGGUUCCAGGUGUGGUGGAUGUCAUCACUUCUAAAGACAUCCCAGGGAAGAAGUUUAGGACGUUUACAGGCAUAGACGAGGGCAUUCUGGCUCAGAAUGAGGUGUCAUGCGUGGGUCACAUGGUGUGUGCAGUGGUGGCUGACAACAGGAAGCAGGCUAAGAGAGGGGCGGCUCUAGUGAAGAUCGCCUAUGAGGAUCUGCCAGGCCCAGUGUUCACUGUUGAGGAGGCUAUUGAGAAACAGUCCUUCUUUCUGCCCCAGAGGAUGAUCGAGCGAGGCAACGUGGAUGAGGCUUUUGAUAAGGUUGACCAUAUUUACGAAGGGGAGAUCCGGCUUGGUGGUCAGGAGCAUUUCUACAUGGAAACACAGAGCAUGGUUGUUGUGCCUUCGGGAGAAGAGAGGGAGCUCAAAGUUUAUCUCUCCUGUCAACACCCAACCUAUGCCCAGGAAUCCAUCGCAGAGACUCUUGGGAUUCCCUCCAACAGAGUGUCCUGUCAUGUGAAGAGAGUUGGCGGAGCGUUUGGAGGGAAAGUGACCAAAACUUCUAUCAUAGCCUGCAUCACUUCUGUGGCUGCAUGGAAGACUGGUCGGGCCGUGCGUUGUGUUCUGGAGAGAGGAGAGGACAUGCUGAUCACUGGGGCCCGCCACCCUGUCCUGGGCAAACACAAGGUGGGCUUUAUGAACGAUGGAAGGAUAAUAGCUGCUGAUCUACAUUAUUACGCCAACUCUGGAAACACUGCAGAUGAGUCUUUGUUGGUAAUAGAGAAGAUUCUCCUUCACCUGGACAAUGCGUACAACGUGCCCAACCUUCGCGGCCGCUCGGUGGCGUGUAAGACCAACCUGCCCUCCAACACGGCGUUCCGAGGCUUCGGCGUGCCCCAGAGCAUGUUGGUCACUGAGAACAUGAUCAAUGACGUGGCCAUGAAGUUGGGCUGCAACGCUGAAGAGAUCCGUGAGAUAAACAUGUACAAGGAGGUGUCCCUGACACAUUACAAGUUUGAGUUUGAUCCCAAGAACCUCCUGCGUUGCUGGGAUGAAUGCAAGGAGAAGUCUGACUACGGCAGCAGACGCAAAUCCGUCGCCCAGUUUAACCAGCAGAACCGCUGGAAGAAGAGGGGCAUGGCCACGAUACCCAUUAAGUAUGGCAUCGCAUUCUCAGACGGCUUCCUUAACCAGGCUGCAUCUCUGGUACACAUCUACAAGGAUGGUUCUGUUCUAGUCAGUCAUGGUGGAACUGAGAUGGGCCAGGGAAUACACACUAAAAUGCAACAGGUUGCAAGUAGAGAGCUGCACAUCCCCGCCUCUCUCAUCCACAUCACAGAGACCAACACCAGUGCUGUGCCCAACACCUGCCCCUCCGCCGCCUCCUUUGGCACGGAUGCCAAUGGCAUGGCUGUGAAGGAUGCCUGUGAGAUCCUGUACCAAAGACUAGAACCUGUCAGGAAACAGAACCCAGAAGGCACCUGGCAGACCUGGGUGACCUCCGCAUUCAUCCAAAGGAUCAGUCUGUCAGCUACUGGAUACUACAGGGGUCAUGACCUCUACAUGGACUGGGAGAAGCAGGAGGGCCAACCGUAUGCCUACUUCACCUACGGUGCCUGCUGCAGUGAGGUGGAGGUCGACUGUCUCACUGGAGACUACAGGACGGUGAGGACAGACAUUGUUAUGGAUAUUGGAAGGAGCAUCAACCCCUCAGUAGACAUUGGCCAGAUUGAGGGCGCUUUCAUCCAGGGUUUGGGUCUGUACACACUGGAGGAGCUGAAGUUCUCUCCCUCGGGAGUGUUGUACACACGUGGCCCGUCCCAGUACAAGAUCCCUGCUGUCUGUGACAUACCACUUCAGUUCAACGUCUACCUGCUUUCAGGCUCUGACAACCCACAUGCCAUCUACUCAUCUAAGGGAAUCGGAGAGCCGGUGCUGUUCCUGGGUAGCUCUGUGUUCUUCGCCAUUAAAGACGCGGUGGCAGCAGCCCGGGUAGAGGCUGGUAUGGUGGGACCCUUUACCCUGAACAGCCCUGCUACCCCAGAGAGGACCUGUCUGGCCUGUAACACCCCCUUUACUCAGAAGAUUCCAGCCAGCAAACAAGGAUCAUUCCAACCAUGGGCUUUGAGUAUUCCCUGAAUUAAAAUAAUAUUCUGACUUGUCAGAGGUAUUGAUCACUGCCAUAAGGAAUACUACCUAAUCAUAGAAUGUUACUAACAUAGAAAUUCUUUAUUUAGCUGAAUAAGGAUCAAUAACACUGUAUGAUUCUAAUACUUUAAAUAUCAAGUUACAGAAUAAGCCUAUGCUUUUGCUGCCAACCUAUACUUUGCUUCAAAACUUAUUGCGACUCUCAAACCCGGAUCCGGGAGCGUAAUCAUCGCCUCAAACUAAUUAGCAUAACGCAGCAGACAUAAAUAUCCCUAGAAAAUCUUCCUGUUCAUGAAAAUCACAAAUGAAAUAUAUUGAGACACAGCUUAGCCUUUUGUUAAUCACACUGUCAUCUCAGAUUUUCAAAAUAUGCUUUACAGCCAACGCUAGACAAGCAUUUGUGUAAGUUUAUCAUAGCCUAGCAUAGCAUUAUGCCCUGCUAGCAGCAGGCAACAUUUUCACGAAAAUAAGAAAAGCAAUCAAAUUAAAUCAUUUACCUUUGAAGAACUUUGGAUGUUUUCACUCAGGAGACUCCCAGUUAGAUAGCAAAUGUUCCUUUUUUCCCCAAAAGAUUAUUUUUGUAGGCGAAAUAGCUCCGUUUGUUCUUCACGUUUGGCUGAGAAAUCGACCGGAAAAUGCGGUCACUACAACGCCAAACCUUUUUCCAAAUUAGCUCCAUAAUAUCGACCGAAACAUGGCAAACGUUGUUUAGAACGUGUUUUUCACAUAUCUAUUCGAUAAUAUAUCCACCGGGACAAUUGGUUUCUCAUAAGAAGAGAUUGUACUUUACUCAAGAUUUUCUGCGGGAGCCAUCAUGUGACCACUUGCUCAAUGUGGUCCCAACUUGGGGAAUAUGUAGAAAGCGUAAGCUCAUUCGUAGCCCAUUCACAGCCAUAUAAGGAGUCAUUGGCAUGCAGCGCUUUCAAAAAAUGGGGCACUUCCUGAUUGGAGUUUUAUCUGGUUUCACCUGUAACAUCAGUUCUGUUGCACUCACAGACAAUAUAUUUGCAGUUUUGGAAACGUCAGUGUUUUCUAUCCAAAGCUGUCAAUUAUAUGCAUAGUUGAGCAUCUUGUUGUGACAAAAUAUCCUGUUUAAAACAGGAACGUUUUUCAUCCAAAAAAUGAAAUACUGCCCCCAGAGUUUGAAGAGGUUAAAAAAAAAGAAUGGAAAAAAAAGUUUGUCUCAAAUGAAAUUUGAUGUAAAAGUAGGGUUGUCCAAUUGUGAAUCCAUCCAAUGCUGUGUAUGCCUUUCACUUUCAAUAAAUUGCAUGUUUCUCAACUUGAA